GAAAAGUACUUUAAAAAGAAAAAGAGAUCAAAGGGUGACACAGCCCCCUAUCUUACUUUUUUUUUCUCCCAAACUUCUCUCUCAUGUUCUCUUUUUGUCCUCUUUAUCAAAACCCCAAGCAAACCCCACAUUCCACCCCUUCUCCUCUUUGUCUCUCAUCUUGUUCCUGUGUUUGUUUCUCCCACUUUCUGCCUUUGGAUCUUCUUCUUCCCUAAGUUGUUCAGAUACUAAGAGGAAGAAGGGGGUCCAAAGUAUAUAUAUAUACACAUGGCACCUGUUUUGCCUCCUGGUUUCAGAUUCCACCCUACUGAUGAAGAACUUGUUGCUUAUUACCUUAAAAGGAAGAUCAAUGGCCGAAAGAUUGAGUUGGAGAUCAUACCUGAAGUUGAUCUAUAUAAAUGUGAACCAUGGGACUUGCCAGGCAAAUCAUUGUUACCGGGAAAGGAUUUGGAGUGGUAUUUUUUUAGCCCUCGUGAUAGGAAGUACCCAAAUGGAUCAAGAACAAACCGUGCAACGAAAUCUGGAUAUUGGAAGGCGACAGGGAAGGAUAGGAAAGUAAAUUCACAGACACGGGCAGUGGGUAUGAAGAAAACCCUAGUUUACUAUCGAGGAAGAGCACCUCAUGGCUCUCGUACUAAUUGGGUUAUGCAUGAAUAUCGUCUUGAUGAGAGAGAAUGUGAAACUGCUUCAGGCUUGCAGGAUGCAUAUGCCCUUUGCCGUGUGUUCAAGAAGACUGCAGUGAUUACUCCAAAAGAUGGGGGGCACUAUGUUAAUGUUCCCAUUGCCAACCAAAUUACAAGCGAUCACUCAUCAAGCAUUGAACUAUGCUCUGAAGGAAGGGGUGAAGAUUUAGAUAGCUCACAUUAUUUGAUGCCCAUGGACAAUUGCUCACCCCACAACAUGGGAAAUGAGACUUCUCUCACUAUCAAUGGUGGGUCAAGGGAUCAUCCCAAAUGGUCGCACUUCUCAUCAGAAGAUCCCUUACUUAGUCUUCCAACUUCUUCAUUUCAUAAUUUUGAAGGCAUCACAUACCCUCCAUCCCGGGUGGAUAUAGCACUAGAAUGUGCAAGGAUGCAGCAUAGGUUUGCUAUGCCUCCGUUAGAGUUGGAUGAUAUCCCUCAAGUUGGAAUCUCAGAGCUUAAAAUGACACAGGCCUCCAGUUCCAUGCAAGGAAGCAGAACUGAAACGGAUAUCUUGCAGGAAAUUCUUUCAGUUGCUCAUGCUUCUCAAGAAUUGAUAAAUCAAUCAAGCUACUCACAGGAAUGGGAUUGCAAUGAUAAUUAUGCUCCUCGUAGUGAAGAAGAUUUUACCUUCAUGGUUGGCACCAAUUACAAUCAUUUAAAUGAAAUGAGGUAUGUUGACAAAACAUGGGAAGAUGCAAACACAAGGACAAUAGAGAUCGGAGAUGUGGAUGAAGAAUUUAAGGCAGAGAGGAUGGUGGAGAAUUUAAGAUGGGUUGGAAUGUCAAGAGAAGAUUUAGAAAAGAUGGAAGAACAAAAGACUGUCCCAAUAGAGGAUAUUCCAAAUUUCCAAACUAACAGGGAAGAAAAUGAGGUGCAAGUAAUUGCUGGAUGGUCAGAAUCUGAGCAACAUAGCAACAAUGAACACAAUGACACUGACAUCAACGAUUUUUCAUUGGGCUUCAUCAAUGAUGAUGACCCGAACGAGAACUUCAUAGAAGAUGGUAACAUUGAUGACUAUUCAAGUUCUCCUAGCUUUGAAGUCGUUGAAGAAAUAAAGGUCAAUCAUGGAAUGCUUGUUUCAACUGGUCAAGUAGCCGAGACAUUCUUCCACCAAAUAGUUCCUUCACAAACCCUUCAAGUUCACCUCAAUUCGGUGGUGGCAAACGAUCACUGUGUAGAGAAUGCAGAGGCAAUGUUAAUGAUAAUGGAGAACCAAGGGUCUUUGCUAAGGAAGUUUAAGUCCUAUGUUAUGGGAAAACUAUCAAAGCCAUCAAAGGCAAUAGCAAGUGCUGUUGUAUUUGUCUUUGCACUUGUGUUGAUGCAUUGUGCUUAUUUGAAGGAAGAAGUGGAAAUUUGGAACGAGACAUGUUGCAGCAUGAAGAGAAUGAGUCAAUCAUCUGAGAUAAUCAAAUGGAAUGAGUCAAAUGAGGUUUGGUUUGUUGGUGUCAAAAGUGAGAAAGGAUUAAGUGCGGUCUUGAAGAAAAUAGGCAUUUUCCUCACCAUUUCUUUGGCUCUAUGUACCAUGUGGGCUAACCACAAUAUGAUAGCUAACCCUUGAUCUCCUAAUUCAUUUAAGGAAUUAGUUUGACAAAGCUCAAAUUGUACGUGCUUCUCCCAGUAGGUUGAUGUAUCCCUAUAUUUGUUAUUAUAUUUUACUUUAGCAUCACUUGUUAUUUCAAACUUAAUUGUUUCGAUCUUAAUUUCGAAUAGAAUGAUCAUCUUU